UCUUAUCGCAAAUAAUAUUGUUUGAGGAAUGUAUUUGUUUAUAAACAAAAAAUGGUCUGCCGAAUUCUGCCUAUUCAUGCGAUAUAUUUAUUUGAAGUAGUCCGUGUUUCUCAAUAGACCGCAACACACAACCCUUAUUUGGCUGCAUUUCGGCAUAUGUGGAAGGAAAGUGAAUGUUUAGAGCUGGAUGAUGAAGCCAAAGAACUCCUUUUAUAGAACAUAUUAGUUAUGGGGGUAAUGCCAGUACAAAGAGGGGAAAUAGGAAAGAUCACAUUCGGUUGGACAUCUAAACCAAUGAUCUAUGCCUAUAUGUUUUAUUGCGUCACAACUCUUCUAGUAGUUUUAGUUGGUUAUGAAAGAAUUGAUAUCUUAUUGAACAAAAGUAAACGGUUUGACGAGUACAUUUAUGCUAUUAUAUUUAUUGUUUAUUUGGUUCCCCAUUUUUUAAUACCCUACGUUGGAUGGUCUGUUGCUUAUGAAGUAUGCGAUUACAAAAAUAGUUGGGGGACGUUUCAACUAAAUUAUUAUAAAAUAACCGGUAAAGAUUUGGAGUUUCCAUAUUUAAGUACACUUAUUGGAGUUAUUAGUCUGGGCUGUUUAUUUCUGGCAGUAGGAUUCCUUCUCACCCUUAGUGUACUACUAGAAGGAUUUACUCUCUACCAUACAACCGGAUAUUUGCAUAUUAUUACAAUGAUUAAUAUGAAUUGUGCGUUAUGGUAUAUUAACUGCAGAGCAAUUGGAAAUGCUAGUACAGCAGUGGCAGAAAGCUUUAAGAAGGAUAUUGAUAAUUACUGCGCUGAUUACAUCAUAAAACAUUACCGAAUUCUAUGGCUGGAACUUAGUGAGAUAUUGCAACGACUUGGGAAUGCUUAUGCCCGGACAUAUUCUACGUACUCACUUUUUAUGAUGGCAAAUAUAACUAUAUCGCUUUAUGGUUUUACAUCUGAAAUCGUGGACCAUGGAAUAAAAUUCACAUUUAAAGAAAUCGGACUUCUAGUUGAUGCUGUAUAUUGCAUUGUAUUGCUAUUUAUAUUUUGCGACUGUUCACAUCAAGCAUCAGCCAACAUUGCUGAUAGAGUUCAAUGGUCUUUAAUGGAAGUCAAUUUAAACAGUAUUGACCAAAGUGCUAUUAAAGAGAUUCAGUUGUUUUUGGUAGCAAUCCAGAUGAAUCCACCCAAAGUAUCUUUAAGAGGCUAUACAGUAGUAAAUAGAGAACUAAUUACUUCAAGUAUUGCUACUAUUGCUAUAUACCUUAUUGUAUUGCUGCAAUUCAAGAUUAGCUUGGUUAGCCUCAAAGGUUGAACACUUGAACAAAUAAAAUGUUUACUGAAUAUGUUAAUAAAAUAUGUAUAAUAAUAAAUUUGCUAAAAUAAUACCGCAA